AUGGGAUCUAACGAAGUCAGAACGAAGCUGAAAUCGCACAUUUCGAAGCUGAUGGACAAGAGGGCAGAUGUACGAGAAACCAGCUCGUACUGGAGUGCCUUUUGGAAGCUGCCAACAUCGAUCGACGACGUCGUGUCUGUGUUUAACCCGCCUGACAUCCGGUUCAUCAGAGACAACAAUAUAGAAGGGUUCACGAAGUUGAUACUCAAUACUGUCAACAGGCUGAUCUAUCUAUCCAAACUCAAGAAUGUCAGGCUUUCCGUCUUCCCUACAAACCAGCUACUAAACUGUGUACGCAUUCUCUCUGUGGUGCUGCCGUUCCUCUACGAGAAGAGGCACUUGGACUACAUCGAGAGUGAGGUUUUUUGGAACAGAAUUUAUCACACUCCUAACUACUCAAGUUCUGCAGACGAAGAUGGCAAGGAUCAUGAUACCAACUCAGGCACCAUUGGGAGCAUCGACGAGGUGCAAGAACCAAGAGAUUCGGGGGCAGUGAGCUUUAGCGAUCAGAAUAGUACAAACUCUCCCGGUGAUUCCGUCAAAGUCAACCAUGAUGAGAUGGUUUACGCAGAAAAACCCAUUGGCGCAGAACUGGUCAAUGCCUGUCUGGACUUGCUUUUCACCUUAAACUUCACUGUGGAAUCUAGAGCUAAAAGUGAAUAUAGUUCUCCGAUAUUAGCCAACGAUUAUCAGCCAAUCGUAUGGGAACCAGGACUGGAAGUGCAAGGCAAUUACCGUGAUACGAAAGUGAACAUUGAUUCAAAUAGGUUGGAAAUUGUUCGGUUGAUGUUGGUUUUGUUCUCCAAAAGUAUAUAUAUUCCGCCGGCUGAUGUAGUCAGCUCUGGCUCUAGGUUCUUGACAGUACUUGUCGCUGCGACUGAUGGCCGAAAGUUUUACAUUCUUUGCCUUUCCUUGUGGAAUACAAUUGCAAGAUCAAUCCGUACUAAUGAUAGCAACAGUGGCAGUAACACAAACGUCAGUAGUAACAUAAACGGGUUAGAUAUACCCGUGGAGGAGCACAAAAACUUGAGAAUCUUAAUGGUAACAAACUCUCUUCAGUUGUUUACUUUGAUGGUUGUUUAUCCGUUACCGAAAAAGGAUAUAUCUUUCCUUUUCAAACAUAAUAUCUUGUCCAACAACGAUGUCCCUCGCACAAGAUCAAGAAUUUUUUUGAGUAAAAUAACAAAUUCUAAAGAUAUCCAAAUAAUUAUCAAAACUUUCACAGCUCCUUUGUUCAAACCUAUAGUUGAUAAUGAUUUGGAUACUUUUUCAUAUCUCAUGAAAACUUCAAAACUGAUUGAUGACAAAGAAUUGCAUAUUUGGGGAUUAGAGUUGAUGAUGAUACUUUUAGAGUUUUUCCAAUGCAAUGCAAGAUUCAGAGCACAUUUUGCCGAACUUGUUGGCCCUGAUUUUUUUGUCUUAUUGCUUUUUUACAUCCUCAAGUUCAAAAACGAAAAGAAGCACGCUAGUUUUGUUAAGCUAUGUGUCUACUUCUUGCUAAUAAUAACAGCAGAUUUCAGACUGAGCUCAAAGCUUCUUGCUUCUUUCGAUGCCCAUCUAUAUGAUUCAUUACCACAAUUAUUGAGAACCUCGACUACACCAACCUCUUACCGAGAUUUUCUGACUAUACAUAUAUGCAAUAUCGUCAGCUCUGAUUAUGAUUUUGUAAUGAUACCUCCACUCGUUGAAAUUCUCUAUAACCUAAUCCCUCUUCAUGCAACCAUAUCGGCGUAUAAUAGAAGAGAGAAUAGGGAGGUAAUGGGUAACAGGAGGGUAAAGGAUCUCUCACGCUGUCCACCAUCACAGAUGUCUUAUGCAGCAUCCACCAGCUUGAUUCACGUUGUCAAUAAACUUUCGAAAUACAACAAUGUACCGAAUGACUUUAUAGUGCAACUUGAUUAUCUAUCACUAAUUUUCAGUGCAUGUUGCCAUGCAAUUCUCAGAGAUCCUUAUGACACCAUAGUUUUGAUGUAUGUAUUUGCGAAAAAUGCAAAUACAUUUGCGAGGUUGGCUGCUAAUAUCAAACGGGUUUCAGACCAACUAUUUACUGAUAUGAUACAGAAAGAAAGAAAGGAAUACGAACGCGAAACCCAACAACAACGAUUGCAGCUCCAGCAGCAGAUACAAUCUUCCCAAGAACUACAAAGACCAAUUUCCCAAAUCGAUAAUGAAUCAAAAGAGUCUUUAGAUCUCCCUGUAUUGAGUAGACAGUCUACGCAGAAUACAUUAGAAAGCAUACCCUCAAUGCGUAGCAUGCCUGCGGUUACCAAGCAAACUUCUCAGUUGUCAAUCCCAAGUAUUUCCUCUGGUUUCAUUUCGAAUUUCACCGAUGAUUCUGUUGAUCCAAUGAACGUAAGUUUUAAUGCUAUUAACAACAACGGUAAUGCUGAUAAUAAUUAUGGUAAUAACAGCAAUAGUAACAGCAGCAAUGUUAAUGAUAGCAAUAGUAAUAAUAACAAUAGCAACAAUAACACUAGCGUCAAUGGGCAGGCAUCUAUUGAUGUGAGUAAGGAAACAGAUAAUGGAGAUGCUGCAGUAACGCCAUUUAAUGAUGAAGUCUUCAAUGCUGAGUUACCACUUGGAAUGACAGCCAGAUCCAAAGAGAAGCAGGCUUAUUACGAAAAAUUUGACCAGAAAUGGUCAGGUAAAGAAGCAUUUGAUUUGUUGAGAGAAAGUCUGAAAAUUGUCAGUGAUGCAGGUAGCAUACGAGCAACAAAUGAAACUAAAGCGCAACAACCUCAGGAUGCCUCAGCUAUAAUUCAAAAGUUGCUCAAGCGAGAUUUAGAUUCACUUUUCAGUAAAAUAGAAAAGUCUGAUAUAUACGAUCCAUUAAGAAUGGAGUUCCAGCCUCUGAAAUUCAAGUGGACUAGGGCUACAUUGGGAUGGUAUAUUUCAUUGCUAUGGGGCAACAUUUUUCUCAAUUAUAAUAGUUUUGCUGCUAAAGGACUACUAGCUGAAAUCAGCUUAGGCUUUUCGGUGUUCAAAAAAGCAAGCUCUUCAUGGGGUUUCGGAUCAUGGAAGCUUGGUUCUGUUUCGUCGUCUCCAACCACACCCGCUGCAUCAUCACCCACAACUCUACCUACGUCUAUUUUUGCCGAAGGUUACAGCAAUGUCGUUGACCUCAGCGUCUACUAUGAUAAUAUUCUGAAACAGAGUAUCUGGUUUGGUACACAUAUCCAGCUCUUCAGAGUAAAUCCCGUAGUUUUGCGAGAUCACUAUGCUUUGCAGCAUGGCAAAAGUGAAUUGAGCAGCUUGAAUGGUUUCAACGGGAAUACCAGUCCUUCGUUUUCUGAAGUUUUUUGGAAAAGAAACACUGUCACGUCUCCUAGUCUCGGUAUGAGAAACGGUAGCGGAGUAUUUACCGAAGGUUUUUGGAAGCGCCAAGGAGGACGUCCAAAUUCAAUCGAUCGGAGAGAUAGUGACGGUUCUCUCAAAAUACAGCUAAGCCGAAGCUCGAAUGGCAAUUUGAACACCAACAACGCUAUUACCAGUAAUAAUAAUACCAAUAAUAACAGCAAGCCAUACGUGAGCUGA